AACCUUUUUCAUAGUCAGAACUACACGAAGGUUGUAUAUGUUCAUACUAAAAUUAAAAAAGUUAUAAAUAUACCGUGGUAACUUUAUGACAUUGUAGUUGAAGUACAAUAUAAAUAAAAGUAAAAUAUUAUCCUUGUAAGCAAUUAAUUAAUUCUUAAUUAACAUUAAAUACAAAUGAAGAGUUUAUCAAAGUGGCGGUGCUGCGAAGUAGAAACGAUGUGCGGUCGUAGCCUAAAAGAAGGUGUCAUGUUCGUGGGGCUGUCUUCUUUGUUAAUAUCCGUUGUACUAUUAGUUUCCUCUGUUGGAUUUCUGUUGAGUAUCACAAGAUCUGAUAGCUUGUAUAACACACAACCCAUGGUCGCUGUCAACUUUAUUUUCACUCUAGUGGCAUCCUGUCUCUCCCUAUAUCAGAUUGUAAUAUCGGUACUGCUCGUUUGGCAAGCAAGACAGAUCAAAAGCAAUAUAUUUCUGUGCUCUCUGUGGUACGUAUCUCACUUAUCAUUGCUGACGAUAUACUGCUUGCUGUUCAGUUCCAAGAUCGUCGUCUACUGCCUCAAGAAACAUUACUUCGCAGCCGCAAUCACUAUAGCUAUUGGUAUCUUUUACGAAGUUACAUUUAUAUACUUUGCGAUCGUCGUCAACAGUUACCUACACUCACUGAAUCAGGAGAGAUAUCUUUAACGUUUAAGUGUAAUAGCUUUAUUAGGCUGUGAUUAAAUAUGAAGAAUUAUGUUUUAUUUUAUAUAAUAUUAGAGGUUAUAUGCAUACAUUUAAUUGUAAUAUUUUAUUGAAUGAAAUAUGUUGUAUAUA